AUGGCCGGAGGAGUCAAGAAACCCGUGAACGUGUUCAAGCUGAAGAACUUGAACGAGCCCAGCGAGAUCUUCAAUUGGAAGAUAUGGUUCGCCGUCUUCUCGUUUGGCCUGCUGGGCGCCGCCCGCGGUGUAGACGAAGGGUUGAUAUCAGGAGCUUUCAAUUCCAAGGACUUCCAGAAGACCAUCCACUAUGACACAUACUCCAAGGUGGAACAGGCCAACAUCAAGGCGAACGUCUCCGCCAUGGUCCAGAUCGGCAGCGUCGCAGGCGCUCUCUUUGCCUUCGUGAUCUGUGAUCGCAUCGGUCGUAUCUGGGCAACCCGGCAGCUCUGCCUCAUCUGGAUCGUCGGCAUCGCCAUCUUCAUGGGCGCCAACGGGAACCUGGGCGCCGUGUACGCGGGGCGCUUCAUCGCCGGGCUCGGGGUCGGCCAGACGCCCGUGGUCGGCCCCAUCUACAUCGCCGAGAUAGCGCCGGCAAGCAUCCGCGGGCUGUGCACGUGCAUCUUCACGGGCUUCGUCUACCUGGGCAUCGUGCUCGCCUACUUCACCAACUACGGCUGCGAGGUCAACCUCGGCGACACGAGCCACGCGCGCUGGCAGGUGCCCACGUCGCUGCACAUCAUCUUCGCCGGCGUCAUCUUCUGCCUCUCCUUCUUCCAGCACGAGUCCCCCCGCUACCUGAUCAAGCGCGGCAGGGCCGAGCAGGCGCUCCGGGUCAUGUCGCGGCUGCGCAAGCUGCCGCCGGACCACGAGUACGUGGUGCGCGAGAUCAACGCCAUCACGCUCAGCCACCACGAGGAGCUGGAGUCGACCCGGGGCGCCGGCUGGCUCGGCGUCGUCAAGGAGCUCUUCCUGGUGCCGGGCAACCUGUACCGGCUGUACCUGACGCUGAUGGCCCAGAUCAUGUCGCAGUGGUCGGGCGCCGGGUCCAUCACGCUGUACGCGCCCGACCUGUUCAGCCUGCUGGGCAUCACGGGCAAGAGCGAGUCGCUGCUGGUGACGGCCGUGUUCGGCAUCGUCAAGCUCAUCGCCGCCGUGCUGUGCGCGCUCUUCCUCGUCGACGUCAUCGGCCGCAAGCGCGCCCUGAUGCUCGGCAUCGCUCUGCAGGCCAUCUCCAUGGUCUACGUGGCGGGCUUCCUGUCGGGCGUUCCCGAGCUCGGCGUCGUGCCGGGCUACGAGCUGACGAGGGACGAGCUGGGCCCCUCCAAGGGCGCCAUCGCCAUGAUCUACGUGUCGGGCUUCGGCUGGGCCCUGGGUUGGAACAGCAUGCAGUACCUGCUGACGGCCGAGCUGUUCCCGCUGCGCAUCCGCGCCCUCAGCACGUCGCUGGCCAUGACCUUCCACUUCGCCAACCAGUACGGCAACGCGCGUGCCGUGCCCAACAUGCUGCUGCCCAUCGCCGACGGCGGCGCCUCGCCCAAGGGCACCUUCUGGUUCUUUGCCGCCGUCACCCUGCUCGGCGGCCUCUGGGUCUGGUUCUUCGUGCCCGAGACCGCUGGCCGCACCCUCGAGAGCAUGGACCGCCUGUUCUCGCUGCCGUGGUACCGCAUCGGCCGCCACGGCAACAGGGACGCCGACGAGCAGGACCGCGCCUACGACGAGAAGCAAGCCGAGGCGGACCGUGGGGCCGCUACCCACACCGAGCAGAAGGAGAAGGUUGUCGGUGACGAUGGGAAGGUAUAG